AUGAUCGAAAAACUGGCAUUGGCGCUUGUCACCGCGGCCCGGCGGCUCCGACCUUACUUCCAGAGCCACCAAGUGGUAGUCAAAACUGGUUAUCCCAUUAAGCAAAUUCUGCGAAAGCCCGAACUCGCCGGACGCAUGAUCGCCUGGUCAGUAGAACUAUCCGAGUUCGGCAUCCAAUACGAAAGUCGCGGACCCCUGAAGGCCCAAUGCUUAGCCAACUUCAUAGCCAAGCUCACGCCAACUACUGCCGAGGAGCCCCAAGUAUGGACUUUGCAUGUUGACGGGUUCGGAAUUCCUCACGCCCUCGUCACUGACAAUGGCAGACAGUUCAUUGCACAGGAUUUCGAGGACUUCCUCCGCGAACUCGGGAUCAAACACCUUGCGACCUCGGUGGAACACCCCCAGACCAACGGUCAGGCUGAAGCUGCCAACAAAAUCAUCCUCCGGGAGCUUAAAAAGCGACUAGGAACCGCCAAAGGGCAGUGGCCCGAGGAACUCCCCAGCAUCCUCUGGGCGUAUCAUUGCACCCCUCAGUCAACCACACAAGAGACGCCCUACUGGCUGACCUACGGAGCCGACGCAAUGAUCCUGGUAGAAGUCGGCGAAGCAUCCCACAGACGCCAAGUCUUCAACGACGAGUAG